AACAACUCUCAUACACCUCCAACAGCAAACAGUUACCCCCCAACUCCCCCCUCCAACAACAACAAGGGCCACUAGCAAUGCCCCAAAAGAACCAGCCGGUCACGGCCGCCGAGGUCGAGCACCUCGAGAAGGCAAUGAGCGCGUUAAUGGCUAAGGAGGACCUCAUCCUUCGCGAUGCUGCUGUCCGCCCUGGCUAUGGCACCCUGGGCAACGUGAUCCCCGUCCAGGCCAAUAUGUUCCAGUCGCGCUUUCACCAGGCGCCAACCAUCUACCACUACGACGUGGACAUCGUCCCCGUUGCCAAGGUUGCCAACCAGAAGAUGCCCAAGCCCCUGGCUACCAUGAUCUUCGAGGCGGCCAAGCAGGUUGGCGCCCGCGACCCCGACGCGAAGGCCUUCCAGCACGCGGCCUUCGACAAGCAGAAGAAUGCCUACACUACCGCCCAGUUCGCCAUCGACUCGGCCAGCAAGCGCACCGUUCGCGUCGAGCUCCCCGAGCCCGGCCGCGAGAUGACCGACCGCCGUCGUUUUGAUGUCCACUUCCGCCUCGCCAACAUGAUCGACCUGGAGGCGAUCACUCGCUUCUGCUCCAAGAACAAGCAGUCGACCCAGGAGGGUUCGAUUGUCGCGACCGCCCUCCAGGCGGUCAGCAUCAUGCUCCGUGAGGAGCCUUCCAAGAAGUACACGCCCCUUGGUGCCCGCGGCCGCUUUUUCGGUCUCGCCAAUGCCCAGGAUCUCCCUGGCGGCGCCCAAGUCCUGUCUGGUUUCCACCAGGCAUUCCGUCACACCAGCAACGGCCUCCCGGCCGUCCAGGUCGACACUGCGUACACUGCUGUGUGGAAGUCUGGUCGCCUGUCUGACAACUUUGCCGACUAUCUCGGCCUCGGCGGUGGCGGCGGCGGCGGAGGUCGCGGCGGUCGCGGCGGUUUCCGUGGUGGUCGUGGCGGUCCUCGUGGCGGCGCUCCCGGUGGUGGCGGCCACCCUGGCUCGGUCACGGAGCUCAACCCGGGCCAGUGCAAGGAGCUCAGGAAGCUGCUUUACGGUGCCAAGUUUACUCUUCCUUACAAGAAGAACAACCGCGUCUAUACGCUAAAGGGCAUUUCGCUCAUGCCCGCCUCCGAGGUCAGCUUUAUGAUGCAGUCCAAGGACGGCAAGCCGGACCAGAAGAUUGGCCUCGUGCAGUACUACAAGCAGCAUCUCUCGGUCAACAUUACCCAGCCCCGUCUCCCUUGCGUUGUUUAUGGCAAGAACUUUAUGGCACCGUUUGAGCUUGUUCACAUCAAUGAUUUUAACCCGGUUCCGUUCGCCGCGAUGUCGUCGGACCAGACCGCGGCCAUGAUCAAGGUCGCUGCCGCCCGCCCCAUGGACCGCGCUGCCAGCAUCAGGCGCUGGCGCGAGCAGCUCAACUACGAGAACAGUGCGCUUCUCAAGGCGUGGGGCCUUCAGGUGAAGCCCGACAUGAUGCGCGUUGAAGCUCGCGUCCUCCCUGGCCCAAGGAUCAACUACAAGGGCGGCAAGUCGGUCAGCUUGUACAAUGGUGGUUGGAACCUGAAGCCCAACAACGGCCCGGCGAUGACUUUCACGCGCCCCGGCAAGCCUCUGCAGUCUUGGGCAAUUCUUUGCGCCGCCCCGCGCCUUCCCCGCGGCUUUGUCGAGGGCUUCGCUCGGCAGCUUGUCGGGGCCCUUAAGCAGUAUGGUGUCGCAGUUUUCAACACUACCCCUGAUAUCCUCGGUCUGGCUAGCAUCCAGGGCAGCGAGAACACGCAGCUUCAUGACUCGCUCACUACCGCGGCGCGUACCUGCUACCAGAAGAACCAGAUGGCGCCUCAGCUUAUCGUCGUCAUCCUGCCGUUCAAGGACGCUGCUAUGUACAAGGAGGUCAAGACCGUUGCCAACAUGCGGCUCAAGGCGAAUGUGAUCACCCAGUGCCUGGUCGCCGACAAGCUCCAGAACGAACGCGGUAUCGACCAGUACCUUGGCAAUGUCUCGAUGAAGAUCCAGGCCAAGCUUGGCGGCGUCACGCACGAGGUCAACGUCCCUGGUGUGGACGCGACUACCUUGGUUAUGGGCGCGGAUGUCACCCAUUCUGGCGGCGGCCUCGGUAGCACCAACCCCUCCAUCGCAGUCACGAUCGGUUCCAUGUCUGGCGACAACGUCAGGUACGAGGCCGACUGCAGGCUUCAGGACUCCCGCCAGGAGGUUAUUACCGACAUGAAGACGAUGACUAAGACCCUCAUCACUACUUGGAUGAGCAACAACAAGGGCAUUCCGCCCGCCAAGAUUAUCAUGUUCCGCGACGGCGUCUCUGAUGGUCAAUGGCAGAUCGUCAAGGACCGCGAGGCCUCAGCCAUCCGUGCUGCCGCCGCCGAGAUCAAGCCUGGCUACAAGCCCAAGCUCACUUUCGUCAUUUGUGCCAAGAGGCACAACAUGCGCUUUUUCGGCAUCGACGGUGUCACGAAGGGCCUCGACCAGAAGAACGGCAAUCUCCCCCCCGGCACCGUUGUCGACAAGGAUGUCACUCACCCCUUCAUCUUCGACUUUUACCUCCAGGCGCACCACGGUCUCCAGGGCACCGCUCGUCCCACCCACUACGUCGUGGUCGAGGACGACAACAAGUUCACCGCCGACCAGAUGCAGACGAUGUGCAACCAGAUGUGCAGCACGUACCAGCGCGCGACGCGCUCUGUCUCGAAUGCCUGCGAGAUUAUCCGCCUUGCAGUCUACACCGACGAGUCUUCGGACGCUGCGACCUCGCUCUCGGGCCAGUCUGGCGCGCCUCCGGCGCCCAUGGCUGAGUUCCCUCAGACGAUCUCCAUGAUCCUCGGCAUCGGCGUCGACAUCCUCUCCCUAGCGCGCAUAGAGGCCGUCAUCACGCGGCGCACGGCAGCGCGCCUAGCAGCGCGGAUAUGCAGCGCGCGCGAGCUGGCGCAGUUUGACGCCCUCAGCGGCAGCAGCGGCGCGUCGUCGACCGACGCAGACGACAGCCUGCGGCGCGCGCAGCUCCGCUUCCUCUCGGCGCGGUACGUGCCUCCCCGCGAGCGCCUGCUGACGCGCGCCAGAUGGGCAGUAAAGGAGGCAGCGUACAAGGCCCUGCCCUUCGCCGUGGGCUGGAAGGAGCUCGAGCUGGGGUACGCGCCGUCCGGGCGUCCCCUCCUCGAGCUCGUGGGCGACGGCGCGGGCGCGGGUGCGGGCGCGGGUGCGGGCGCGGGUGCGGGCGAGCAGGCAGCGCCUGGGGCCGAUAUUGGCGCCGGCAGCAGCAGCGCCGCGCGCAGGAUCAGCCUCCUCACUACCAUCUCGCACGACGCCGGCGUGCUCGUCGCUGCUGUUGUCGCGCAGGAGGACAGAUAG